AUGAGGGUUGGCGAGGUCGCUGUUGUGACUUGCCAUGUGCCAGACAUGUGGGAAGGCUCCCAGUUCUCGCCAGCUUGCGCUUCAUCCGUUUCUUUUCAUUUGCAGCUGGAGCUCUACGAGGAGGGCCCUUGGGAGAGAGCGAGGAGUGACAGGGAGAAAGUCGCCUUUCAUGCCUCUCGGAAGGAGGUGGGCAUGGCUCUUUUCAAGGCCGGCCGGUUCCGAUUGGCGGCUCACCGGUUUGGCAAGGUCCACGAGCUGCUAGGCUACAUUGACUUCUACCGCAACCGGCACCCUUGCAGCGAGCUCAGGGCGGAGGUGGAUGAGCUGAACGUUCCAGUAUGCUGA